CCAGCUGGUCCAGGAGAAAAUGGACUCCCUGCGGGUCAGAUAUAUAAUAAUAGCCCAGAGCGCGGGGGACAUCCGACAACGGCUGCAGCAAACACUGGACGCCGCGUCUCACCUGGACCCAUCUCAGGAGGACGUGUCUCUUUGGCUGUCGCGCAUGGAGAAGCUGGUGGUGGGCAGCAAGAACGAGGGAGACACCGAGCGACAUCCACUCAGCACCAGCGACCUGGAGAAGCUGGAGCAGGUUGUCCUGUCGGAACUUGCGCAUGUUUCCAAGAUGGAAGAACGUCUCCGGGAACUCGGCCGGGUGCAGCUGGACGCGCAGGCCGUACAGUCACAGCUUUCAGAGUUCAAGGUGCUGUCGGUGGACGUGUUGCAGCACGCGGGUACCGCAGACAGGCUGCUCGGGAUCUCAGAUGAGCUUCUGCUGCUUUGCCCCCCAUCCACCCAGGAGCAGCUGCAGCCUCCCCUGACCUCCCUGAAGGAGAUGUUGCCCAAGGUAGUGUCACAAGGAGCUGCCUCCCCGGCCUGCCUGGAGCACGUCCUCUCGCUCCUCGCCCAGUUCACCGAGGCAGAAGACGAGGUCCUUCCCUGGAUGCAGGAGACGGAGGUGGUGGUGGGGCGACUUUCCCCGAAUAAUCUGCGAUCCGGAGACUUCAGGGAACAGCAAGAGCAGCUCCAGACUCUGCGUGAAGUAGUGGCUGAGCACAAGCCCUUAAUCACCAAACUGCACCGGGUCUCGUGCAAGCUGUCCGAGCUGAGCCCCGGGGAGGGAGCUGCCUUCCAGAGGCGGUUUGAGACAGCCGAGAAGCAGUACUGCGCCAUCCGCGAAGCCGUCCGCCAGGCAGCUGCCAUCUUGGAAGACACCGUACCCCGCUACAGCCAGCUCAGCGAGAGGAUCGAGCUGAUGGCCGAAUGCCUGCAGAGGGUCGGAGAGCGGCUGCAGGGCGGCCCCUCCGUGCGCGGGGAGCCCAGCCGUAUCCGCGAGCAGCUCCGGGAGAACGCGUCGGUGCGGUCCGAGCUGGACAAGCUGGGCCUGGCCCUGGAGAGCCUCAGCAGGCAGGGCAAGGAGCUGGUGUCCAGCGUGGCCCCCGGCUCCCUCCAGCCACAAGUGAUCUCGCAGCGCACCGAGGAGCUGCAGGCGCAGUGGCGGUCUCUCUCCGUACAGGCCGAGGAUCGGGAUCACUGGCUCUCCAGCCUCCUCUCCCUGGCUGAGCGCUUCUGGAACGGUCUCUCUGACGUGGCCGCGGCACUCGGUGACAUCCAGCAGAUGAUUCUGGACACAGAGGAGCCGGGAUCUGACCCGGACUCCAUCAGGACCCGUCUGGACGCCAUGCAGGCUGUACGAGAGGACACUGACAGUUUGCAGAGCGAUUUGGACACUUUGGGCUCUGUUGGAAUGGAGCUGAUGUCAACCUGCGGAGACUCGGACAAGCCCGAUGUCACCAAGAGCCUGGAUGAGCUCUACACCACAUGGAACUCGCUCAAUAAGAUGUGGACGGAGAGGUACAGCCGGCUGGAGGAGCAGCUGAAGUCCACGCUCAGAUACCAGGACGCCACGCAGGGCCUGCAGCAGUGGCUCGUCGUGGCAGAAUCGCGGCUCUCUGAGGAGUUCCUCGUGGGCGGAGACCUAGAAAUUUUAAAGCAGCAGCUCUGCGAUCUGAAGGAGUUUAAGAGAGAUCUGUACCAGCACCGGGUCGAGUUGGAGAGUCUCGGGCACCUGAACGUCAGCGCCAUGUCUGGGAAGACCAGCGAUUCUCAGCUCUGCGACUUCAGAGAGCGCUGGGACCAUCUGGAGGAGGAGGCAGUGAACCGGCAGCACCAGUUAGAAGAUGCAUUGCUGGGUCUUGGCCAGUUCCAGAACCAGCUGGAAGAACUCCUGAACUGGUUAUCGCACACAGUCGAGCAGCUACGAGGACCUUUCCCGGUCUGCACCGACCUCCAGGCCUGUGAGAUCGAGCUGGCAAAGCACAAGGUCCUGAGGAACGAUGUUCUCUCUCACGUUCGAACGGUGGAGUCGGUGACCGAGGUUGGCCAGAGUCUCCUACUAACCUCCCUUGGCGAUGGGGCCGACUCGCUUCAGGGCAAACUCAGCGAACUCAAGACGUGCUGGGACCACGUACAGAGCGAGACCGAGAGACGGCAGCUGGAGCUGGAGAACGACCUCAGCCGGAUACAGGAUGUGACGUUGGAGAUCACCGACCUUCUCCAGUGUCUGGACCAAGUAGAAGCUCAUCUGUCCUUCUCAAAACCAGCCUGGGGACAUCCGGAGUCCAUGAGGGAUGCGCUAACUAAACACCUGGAUCUCUGUAAAGAGAUGGAGUCCAAGCAGCACUCGUAUAACAGCGUCCGAGAUCGGCUCCAGCGUCUGCUGGCCUCCUGUCCUCAGCCUCGCGGCUCCAGCUCUGAGCAUCAGCUCCGGAUACUCGAGCAGAAGUGGGAGAGCGUGUGCUGCAAGGUGCAGGACUGGAAGGUUUGCCUGGCAGACGGCCUGGCGGUGGUCACCGAAUUCUACAACACGGCCCAGGAGCUCUCUGUAUGGAUCGGACAGGCGGAGGGGCGUCUCAACGCGGCCGGGCCUCCUAGCGUUAUCUUGGAGACCGUGACCAAUCAGAUUCAGGAGCACAAGGACCUGGCGCAGGAGAUCCAGCUUCACGAGGAGAAGUUGUCGGGUCUGGAGUCCGUCUGUUCCCGCCUGAAGGACGUGAGUCGGAAGCAGGACGGAGACGUGACCCAUAGCCUGGUGCAGAGCGCCCGCGAGAGGCUCGGGAAAGUGCAAGAGCGAGCGGAGGAACGCGGGCGCAGCCUGGAGGAGGCCAGGAGAGCCGCCAAGCAGUUCAGCGAGUCCCGGCGGAUGCUGCUGGAAUGGUUGGACGAGGUGGAUCGGACUCUGGACUCGCAGCUCGUUGACAGCACGACGAGUCAGGAGCAAAUCAAGCUGCAGCUGAACCAGCACAAGGCAUUUCAGAAGAUCCUGAGGUCCAAGAGGCCGGUGUAUGAAGCCACCCUGCGCAGCGGCAGAGCUCUGCGGGAGAAAGUCCGCCUGGCAGAGGACGGGCAGAAGCUGGACGAGUCCAUGGGGCAACUGCGAGAGCGGUGGGAGCAUGUCUGCGGCAGAUCCACGGAGAGGCAGCAGAAGCUGGAAGAAUCCUUGCUGUUUUCGGGCAAGUUCACGGAGGCUCUGCAGGCCCUCAUGGACUGGCUUUACAGAGCUGAACCCCAGCUGUCGGAGGAGAUGCCGGUCGGUGGGGAUCGGGAUCUGGUGAAUGAGCUCCUGGAUAAGCACAAGGCUUUCCAGAAGGAGCUGGGGAAGCGCGCCGGCUGCAUGAAGACCCUGAAGCACUCGGUGCGGGACCUGAGUCGGGGCGGCGUUGGGAAAGACUCGCAAUGGCUUCAGCGGCAAAUGGAGGAGCUGGACCAUCGCUGGGAGCUGGUGUGUCAGCUGUCUGUGAGCAAACAGGGGCGGCUGGAGUCUUCCCUGCGGCAGGCUGAGGAGUUUCACAGUCUGGUGACCUCAUUCCUGGAACGCCUUGGAGAGUCUGAGCGAGUACUCAAGUGCGGAGUGAUCCCCGAGAAUGAGCAGGCCCUGCAGGAGUGCCAGACCCAGCAGCAGGAGCUGGUGGGCACGUUGCAGUGCCAGCAGCUGGCCCUGGAGUGCAUCGUUUCCCUGGGGCAGGAGAUCCUCUCGGCCUGUCACCCGGACUCCACGAUUACCAUCAAAUCCUGGCUGAACAUCGCCAAGACGCGCUACCAGGAGGUGGCAUCCUGGGCCCAGCAGCAGGGGGAGCGCAUUCAUGCGCAGAUUCAGGCACUGGCCACAGAGCGCGAGGAGGUGGCCCGGCUCCUGGACUGGAUCACGUCGGCAGAAGAGGCUCUCGGUAUCCGGGAUCAGGAGCCUCUCCCUAAUGAUAUAGAAGCCAUGGAGGAAGUCGUAUCACAGCACUCGGUCUUCAUGGACGAGUUAACCCAGAAGGAGCCCGAAGUGGAAAGAGUGACCAAAAACUGCAAGCGCAAAGUGCCAGAGACGAGAGCGCUGACCUCUCGCAAACUCUCAGCAAAAAGACAAAACUCCCUGAAGUCACCCCAAGCCAGUCCCUCGGUGCCCCUCCUGGACCUGACGCCCCAGACCCCCCACAUGGCCCAGCUCCUUAACCGCUGGCAGCAGCUGUGGUUCCUGGCCCUGGAUCGGCAGUGCCGCCUGCAGAGCGCCCGGCAGAGACUGCACGAGUUGCAGGAAUUCGCUCGCUUUGAUUUUGCGGUGUGGAGGAAGCGGUACAUGCAGUGGAUCGGGCAGAUGAAGUCCCGCAUCCUCGAUGUCUUCCGGGGGAUCGACCGCGACCAGGACGGGAGGAUAAGCCUGCGGGAGUUCAUGGACAGCGUCCUGUCCUCCAGGUUCCCCACGAACUCUUUGGAGAUGACCGCGGUGGCCAAUAUUUUUGAUAUAAACGGGGAUGGAUUUAUUGAUUACUACGAGUUUGUGAGCGCCCUGCACCCCACCAGAGAUCCCCUGAGAAGGACCGUGGACGCUGACCAGAUCCAGGAUGAGGUGAACAGACAGGUGGCUCAGUGUAACUGCGCAAAGCGUUUCCAGGUGGAGCAGAUCAGUGCCAACCGUUACAGGUUCGGGGAGUCUCAGCAGCUCCGCAUGGUCCGGAUCCUGCGCAGUACGCUCAUGGUGCGCGUGGGGGGCGGCUGGACCGCUCUGGAUGAAUUCCUUGUAAAGAACGACCCCUGCCGAGUGAAAGGCCGCACCAACCUGAAGAUCAACGAGAAGUACCUCUCCCCGGACGCCUUCUCCUCCUCGCCCAGCGUCAGGAUCCCUGGAAACCAGAAAGGGCUGUCCCCGAGCCGCUCCAACUCCAGCCUGAGCCUGUACAGCAGCGCGUCGGCCCCCACCAGCCCCCAGACCAGAAAGCAAAUAAUUCUUCGCCGGACUCGCUCAGGGGACAGAAGUCAGAGAUCCCGGUCGUCGCUGGCCACAGAUGGGACGGAGUUAAAGUUCUCAGCUGCUGAAGACGUCACAACGUCCACCUCAAACGAGAAGCCAGAAACGCCCCCGACAUGA